CCGGCGAAACCCUAACCUUACCUCCGUCACUGGCUUCGAAUUUCCAUCCAUUCCGAUCCCUCCGAGCUCAAUCCUUCCCAUUGAUCCAAGGUAUUGGGAUAUAUGAAUCCGAUUCAAGGGAUGGAAUCAGUGAUCGCUACUGUUAGCGGCUACCAUGGGAUUGAAAGGUUUAAGCUUAUGAAGCUUAUUACGCAUUCUGGUGCUAGUUUUGUUGGGGCCAUGGGGAAAUCAACGACUCAUCUGGUGUGUUGGAAGUUUGAGGGGAAAAAGUAUGAAUUGGCGAAGAAUUUGGGAACACUUAUUGUUAGCCAUAGAUGGUUUGAGGAUUGCUUGAAAGAAGGGAAACGUCUCCCCGAGGAUCCUUAUGCUAUGCAAAGUGGGCAGCAAGUAGGACCCAUUUCAUGGGAAUUGCCAAAUGGUGACAUGCAUGGCAAGAGAAGACGCCUUCCAAUGACUGAGAGUAGCAUGCCAUCUUAUAAGCACAAUUCUGUGGAUUCCAAUGAAGUAGAAAAUGACACCUUGCAUUGUAGUGGAGUCUUCAAUCUGCCUGUCUCUAAUCUGUUAGAUGAGCCUGAGGGGACUUCAUACUCAUCUAUGCAUGCUCGAAGAUACAAAAAUAAAUUGAGCAAUGGCAGCAAUAGUGAUAUUUGUCAUGAAGCAGCUCGUAAAAGUCGUCGCCUUGUGAAGAAGAAUGCAUUAUCUGAUUUGUCAGAUCUAGCCAUAUUAGACUGUGAGCAAGAACGUGUUCAGAUAGGAGGUUCUAUACCAAUGCAGAAUCUCAAUCCAGAAUUAAUUGAUUCCGAAAUUUUGAGGAAUAGGGGCCAUAUAUCACUCCAGGAAGUUACCACUGGUAAUGGAUCUUUCAGUAAUGGAGAGAUGAGGACUCGAGAGAUUGAAGAGGUUGAAGUCAUGAUAGAGACAGGAAACCUAGUCUCUCUAAAUCCACAUAUUUCAGGAGCUGAGGAGUUGUCUGUCAAUGAAAUAUCUCCCAUAGAUGAAUGUUGCAAGAAUGUCAAAAGCGAAAACGUUUGUUGUGACAUUGAAGGUUCUGAAAACGAGAAAAUGAAAGAAGAUCACAGUCUUGCUGAAUUUGGUGCCUCACGAACUUCAACAGAAUUAUCGUGUGUCAUAUGCUGGACAGAAUUUUGCUCAACAAGGGGGAUUUUACCAUGUGGGCAUCGGUUUUGCUACACAUGCAUCCAAGGAUGGGCUGACUGCCUGGUUAUGAAAGGAAAAGCCUCCACUUGUCCCCUUUGCAAAAGCAACUUUACACAUAUUACAGUGGUGGAGGGGGCCGCCUCUCUUGAUCAGAAGAUAUACUCACAAACUAUACCUUGCAAUUCAUCAAAGGAUGUUCUUGUACUGCUUGACAGAGGCUGUAGCUACAAUGGUCCCCCAUCCUCAGAUCCUGUUUGCUUUGAAUGCCACAAUUAUGAACCAGGGGAUCUUCUGGUAAACUGUCAUAUAUGCAAAGAUAGAUGGGUGCAUUCUUGUUGUCUGGACCCUCCAUUAGUUCCAUGGACAUGCAUUCACUGCCGGGAUCUACGAACUCUAUAUCAACGUUUUCGGUAAUGUUUAUUUUUUUUGUUUAAAUGCAACAGUUCAGCUUUCCUCCCAAAAGAAAUAAAAAUGUUUGUAUCAAUUGCACCAGGAAACUGAUAUUGUAGCUAUAAUAAUGAGGCUAUUUUACCAUGCAGUUGUAUAAUUUC